AUGGCUGGAAGAAAGCCCGCUGUUCCACCUUCUCAGAUUAUAGAUGCCGUGUUAUUGUUUAAAGAUAAUGUGAUUAAUCAUGAAAAUGGAACACUUGCUGUGGCCACAAAUAAGAUUUGGAGUGAGAUCAGUCAACAUUUAAAUUAUAAAUUAUCUUCUAAUGCAAUUCAUACAUUUGUACAACUAAAAAGGCACGGGAUUUGGGAAAAACUAGGUAUUUCCACGAAAAAGACUUUACCAAUAUUCCCAGAUAAAAUAAUAGGAGUUAAAAAUGAUCUUGAAAGUGAUGAAUUUACUGAGUUGAGUAAUGAUGAUGAUUGUAUCCCCCAAAAAAAAUUUGUUUUUACUUUAUCAGCUGAAGAGUGGCAACAAAUCCAACCUCAAGAAAUUAGUUAUAAAUUGUCUGAUAAAAAUAACCCUAUUCGGAGUUCACGUUCAUAUGUAGUUUUACCAAAAGGUACUUGGACUCCAGUGCUUGCAGAGCAUUUUUGGAUACACACAGAAUUACCUUGUUGUAUAUCCUUCAAAAGAGCAAAAGUUUUUCCUAAUGGACAAGUAUAUGUUAAAGUCGUAGGACGUUGCUCAGUUUGUGAAUCAUACUUUGAAGGAUUUGUAUCUCAAAGACCAGCAGAAAAUGCCAAGGUUCUUAUGUAUUGUACAUAUAAAGGACAUUUUCAUGAACAGCACAAAGCUAAAAAGAGACGAAUAAUUGGCCCAGCCAAAGAUAGAGCAGUUUCAUCUCUUUCUGAAAACGGAAUGUCAAGUGAAACAUAUAGGGAAUUAGAAGCUAAUCGUGUUAUGAAAAUAGGUGCUGAAGAACCUGCAAUAUUACCAUCAGGUAAUGCGUUGAGAAUCCUCAAAUAUCGUAGCCUUGAAGCACGGAAAAGACACAAAGAUACUUUAACAGCCUUAUCAAUUAUGAGAGAUGAGGAUGAUUUUAAGAAUGUCAUUCGUAAUAUUAGCGUAUAUCCAUUUUUUUUAAAUUAUCAUUGUGAUGCUACAGGCUCUGUAGUUAAAAACUUUUACAAGUUUGGAGUAGAAAAAACUAAACAUAUUUUUUUAUAUGAAGCUCUUGCUUAUGACAAGGUGAACCAACGUGGGUUUACUGUAACUAAUAUGUUAAGUGAAAAACAUAAUAAUUCGACCAUUUUUAUAUGGUUGUCUGAAUGGUUAAACUGUCAUGUUCAACCACCUAAAGAAACAGUGUGUGAUAUGUCAUUAGCGCUACUGUGUUUUAUCAGAGUAGACGUAGCACAUUUCAUCAAGUUAAUAACUAAAUGGGUGCCACUGAAAUCAGUAUCCAAACGUGUCAGGGAAGUCAUUCUUCGAGUAAUUGGACUUAUGGUUAAAUGUCAAAAUAUUUCGGAUAUAAAAAAAAUUUUGAUUUCUCUAUUUGUUGUAAUUACAAAUGAAACUGAUGGUUCUGACAUAAACACUGGAUUAGCUACACCGUAUGAAUUACAUAAAAGAGAAUUGAUCAACUUUACAUCGACAGGUACUAUAAAUGAAGACGAAGAAAUAAUGUUCAAUGAUGACCAGGAAUCCAUAUUGGAAGAAGAUGACAAUCCGGAGGAGGGUCUACUAGGAUACAACCCAUUCCAAACCUGGGCUGAGAACAUUUAUGAAAACAGCACGCAUUAUAUAAAAGAAGGAACAGGGAUUAAUGCCAUGUAUUUACCGGCAUUGGUUCCAUAUAUAACAAAAUGUAUGAAACUAUUACCUCUAUGGUCAGGUAUCAUGGUUCCAAUAUAUGGAUAUGGUGAUGAAACUGCUAGUUCUGCCGCAGUUGAGUCGAGUUUCAAAAAACUUAAAACUGUGACAUUCAAACAAGACAAUUUACCGAUUACAAUUGAAGACUUUUUACCACGUCAUAUUUAUUCACUACGAGGAGCAUCCCUAAUUCACUCAACUAAAACUUCAAAACCACCAAACAACAAUGACGAAAUUAAUAGACAAUCAAAAAUAACUUCUCAAUCAGACAACAAAAGACUUAUUGAAACUCAUCAAAAUGUUGAAGAAGUUGAACACACAAACAUGGUUUUUGAACAGGAAAAUGAUUUUUUGAUAAUUCCUGAACAAUCAAAUUGUCCACUUUGCUCCGAAGGUAGCGAUACAGGAGCACAUAAAUGUUUUUACUGUGGAAUACCAGUUCAUCCUAUUUCCGCAUGCUCAACUUAUGUACCUGGUAAUGAUGACAUGCGAGUUUGCAUUAUUUGUUCAUUGGUAGAAACUAAUGUAAAUGAGGAGAAAAAUGCAAGUGAAACUUGGUGUAGGAUGAAUAAGAAACAACGUAAAACUAAAUCAUACCUCCAACCUAAUCCACAUUUAAGACAUUUGAACUUAAAUAACUCCAAACAGAUCAAAUCGCUACCGAUUCUAAAAAAUGGUUCACGUUCAGAAGAACUUAAAAGCUGUAAAUCUAAAGUUACAAAAGGAAAAAUCGUACUGACGAACACGUGUGCAUUUGAUUCAUUGGCUUCUCUAGUUAUGGUAUCGUAUUGUGAUAGCAAACCAUAUGCCGAAAAAAUUGAUUCUGUUGGACAAAGUCAAUUUCUAAAUUUUAUUUCAAAAAUUAUCAAAAAUGGUAUUACAUCUUCAACAUAUACAGAACGAGCUGAUAUUAUAAUAACAAAGUUGAAUCCAGAAUUAAAAUUGAUGGAAUAUAACACUACGUUGGCUAUUUGUGACUCUACUAUGGGUAAUGUUAUACGUUCAAUGUUGACAGAAUUUCCAACAAUAAAAGAGGCUAUACGAUGUACAUCAAACUGUCAAACAAAAUUUAAUACACUAGUGUAUUUAACAUAUCAAACGGAAAAUGGUCAUAUACAGAAUUUGCAACAAUUUAUUGAUAAUCGCCAACACAUUAAAAAAUCAAAAUGUACACAAGACGUGUCUGGAAACUAUUGUGAUGGGGUGAAAGAAAUAAUAUCUGAAUUCUCAGAUAUGCAUUUGUUUAUUGAUGUUCUUCAUUGGGAAGGAGAAAAUGUGAUUUCUAAAGACCGCAGCUCUGAAGCAGCAGCUCAGGUGAAAGAAAAGUUAUGUGAUAUUCCACAAAUUUUACAGCAUAACUCAAAAACAUAUGAGCUUAGAAGAGUACUUAGCUUCAAAGCCGGCAAAACUAAAUUGAGAAAUUCAAUUGGGCAUUAUUGUGCCUUCGCAAAACGAGGGACAAGCAACUGGGAACAAUUCGAUGACAUGAAAAAAAAACCAAUUCCUAUCAAAGAUACAAAAGUUGUAAAUUGCGAAUUUCUUGUAUACUCAAUAUAA